CUCUAAGAAGCCCCACCCCCUUAUAUCAGAUUUAUAACAGUGCCAGUUUUGCCCUUAACACAUUCUUCUUCCAACUUCUCCAAACUCUGAAACCCACCAACAAUGCAGCUGCAGGUCACACUGAUGCUCAUCUGCCUGCUCUUUCCUGAAGUGCGGGGACUGAAGUGUUAUCAGUGUAUACCAGUGCCGCCUGGAACCUGCACCCAAACACAGGUUGACUGUACAGAUCAGUGUUCCAGCACAACCAUGGUCAAUUACAUGGCUGGAAUUAAACAGGAUGUGCAAAUAAAGAAAUGUGCAACUUCACCCGAGUGUGUGAGUGGGAGCAUGAACCUGGGUGCUGUGAAAAUGAGCUUGAACACAAAAUGCUGCAGUACUGAUUUCUGCAACAGCCAAUCAGUGCCAGCUUUGCCCACAGGCUCACCUAACGGGAGGAAGUGCUACACAUGUGAUAAUAAUGAUUGUACAGGAAUUGUGGACUGCGAGGGAGAUGAAGAUCACUGCGUCAACAUCAAAAGUAGUGCUGGAAAUGUUAAGGUAACACUGAAAGGCUGUGCCAGCAGAAGUGUGUGUACUGAAGGUCAGGCGAGCAUGUCCUCAGCUGGUGUCUCUGGAAGUGUGAACUGCUGUCAGGGGAAUCUGUGUAACGGAGCUGAAAGAGUUAAUCUGAGCCUCUUCCUCCUCAUACUGGGACCCCUGCUCUCCUUCAUCCCCUUCUCCUCUGUCCCUUUUUCUGUCUUUUUCUGAUGAGCAGAUUUGUGUAUUAAAGGUGAUGAAAUGGAUUUUGUAAUUAAAAUCAUUUUAAUAAAAAGUGAGGAGAUGAUCA